AUGAAGACGACACUCAUGGCUGUGCAGAACGCCACUGUAUGUAGACGCUACACACUUGGCUACGUCCGAGGCAAUUUCACCGGCAGCCCCAAGCAUCCCUCUUCGCCUCACACGAAUGCGCACACGAAUGCGCACACAAGUACGAAUGCGCACACAAGUACGAAUGCGCACACAAGUACGAAUGUGCACCCGAAUACGAAUGUGCACCCGAAUACGAAUGUUCACACGAGUGGGUCAACUGGGGCACCUGUUGUGCCCCAUAGUCGGUUCCACGCUGCCUUUGACGUGGUCUGCAACGCGGAGAAACUGGCAUUAGGCGACCGAGGGCCUGCUGUGAAUGUAACACGUGAGUGUGUACUUGAGAUGGAGCCGGUCAAGGUCGUGAGUCAGAUUCUGAGUCCGCUGUUAACGGAGGACUUUGUGGUAGUUUGUUUCUUCGGUCGAUUGUUGCCGUUGAUGUUGCACUUCGUUACAGAUGUGCCUGUGGAUGCUGCGAUGGCAUUGAUUAAGACGUGUGACCUGACGGCGUGUAAAGGACCGAGCUUGCAUCGUAUACUGGCUUCUAUUGGUAGUGACCAUUCAUUAGCGGAGUUCGAGAAGCGACAGCGUGAACUAGAGACCUUGAUGAGCUUCGAGGGGUCUGCCGGUAACUUGUAUGAUCUUGUGUCCGCCAUGGCCGGAGAACUCCCUUCAAGUAACUUAGACGCUGCUGUUGAUGACCUAGUUUGUAUCCUCGGUAAACUGCUGUACUGGAGCGAAAGCCGCGUCCCCGUGCGCUUUCGUGCUCAUGUCAACUACACACACGCUAUGUUGCGGUCCAAAACUGACUUCGGGUUUGUGGUGACUUCUGCCGCCCUCGCCGCCGUUUGUCCACACGUGGGCAUGCCUGUGUGCGGUGUGGAGUCUCCGCACAAAGGCCACGCCGUGGUGGCCGUAGGCGGAGCGGUUCAGCUGGGUAGCCUGACGAGCUGUUACGUAGAAAUCGACUUGCAGUCGGUCAUCGACGAGCAGGCGGCGGUUGCAAGUCGCCAGUCUCUUAGCCGCGUGUCUCUCAGCAAGCAGGCCGGAACGAAACAGGCUGCUCGGGGCAAGCGACGGACUUCAGCAUCCAUCAGCUCAUCGAUGAUGCCCCACAGCGCUUUGCCUUACAGUUCGGGGGUCCACAGUUCAGUUCACAACUCCGUGGCGAACACUGCGGCGGGCCACAGUUCCGUGGCCCACAGUGGGCUGCCGCACAGCUCGGUCCCGGCCGGCUCCUCAGCGGCCGGACCCACUACGCUGACGGCUACCUCGAGACCCAAGAGGCCUGCUAGGAACGAGGUCGCAGGCCUGUAUCUCCCCAUCGAUACUGCGUUGGACGGGGAGGCAUGGCUCAGCCAUUACCUACCGAACGAAUCGCGUCCAUUCCACUGGAAACGGUGUGUGGAGGUGGCAACCGUCCCACCCGUUGUCUACUUAGAUGCCGCAGACCUCAGGACCGCCGUCGUGGUCACCGUGAACGAUAUGGCGCUUCUAUCCGAAGCGUUCUACGUAAAAAGCAGACUCUUAGACAACCGUGUUCCAUGUGUGGUCUCCCGUUCCGCUGAGGCAGAACUGGCAAAAGCACGAAAGAAAGACGCCAAGGGCCAUUGGCUCAUAUACCUGCAACAAAGAAAGGGAAACGAAGUCAGUUACCGACUUACACCCCUUUCCAACCUAGCCCUACUCCUCACUAAGAUCAAAAUCCACUUCCGUGAUAACCCCCAAAGACUCGACGAAUAUAAAGAGAAUGUCAACUCCUGCGACCGCUGGUACGAUUCGCCCCUAGCCGCCGUCCAGGCCGCAGUUCAACUUAUUGUCGAAUUACAUGGCCUCACCUUUACGCAACCCACUUCUGACGCACCCUUCGCCGACCCUUCGGACGACUCAUGA